UAGCAUAUGUGCAUACAUUUAGAAUCAGAUGCUAUUUUAGUAACUUAAUGAGUUAAUGAUGCUUUAUUAGGUAAAUUUAGUUAAUUACAGAAAUAUAAAACUCACUUUAAUUUGAAUUUAAUAUUAUUCCUCUUUAAGCUUUUUCUCUCCCUUCUCAGAGUUUAAAUUCUAGUGUAUCUCAUCAUCUCCCUCUCUCUCCUCUCCUCUGUGGUCAGUGAGCUUUCUCUCUCUAGAACUGCAAUGUCUUCUGCCAUCAAGACGGUCAACAAAAUUAUCCAAAUCGUGCGCCUCAAACGGGUGGUCCAACGGUGGAAGAACGUAACCCUGAACCACCGGGCCAUUCUCCCCCCCUCCGAUUCGGACUCAUCCUCCGAUACCAGGUCGACCCGUCCCACCCCACCUGGGUCGCUGGCUGUUUACGUCGGGGCCGAACGAUGCCGUUUCGUGAUCCCGACCCGGUUUCUGAAACUCCCCGUCUUCGUGUCUCUGCUUGACAAGGCCGAAGAAGAGUUUGGGUAUCAGAGCGAUGGUGGGUUGGUUUUGCCCUGUGAGGUUGGGUUCUUUAGAGAAGUGUUGAAGCUUCUGGAGAAAGACGAGCACAGGUUCGGUAGGUUAGGGUUGGAUGAUUUCCUCAGUGUGGUAUCUCUCGAUUCUUGCAAGGAUACCAACAACGCUUCUACUGGUUUCUCACCCCUGUUGCAAAAAACUAGUGUUUAACGAUGAUGGCUAGGUUUUUUUUUUUUUUUAGUAUAUAUGGUUUUGUUUUUGGUUUCAACCAUCUUUGAUCCCUCAAUCUUUAAUGUUGCAUUGAUGGGUAUCAAUGAGAUGUUGAAUUUUUAUUUUAGUUUUUUAAUUUGGGGUCUUUUUGGAUCAUGACAUAGAUAUUAGAACAAUUUUGAUAAUGAUGAUGAAAAUAUUUCCCAA